UGGAGGCGUCAGCCCGGAUGACAUGGACCCCCUGCUUCCUGCAGAGACGGAGAUGAUGGAGCGAGAGGAGGACAAGGACGCGAGGAAGAAGAUCCAGUUCUCCGUGCCUUCCUCCGUGCCCACCCAGCUGGACCCGCGGCAGGUGGAGAUGAUUCGCCGUCGGAGGCCAACCCCAGCCACGCUGUUCAGACUGACAGACCCGCCGUCGCCAGACGAGGACAGCGGCUCACAUCAGUGGGUCCUCGGGGACAACGGAGCCUUAAAAGCCAAACUGGUUCACAUGUCGACCUACCAGCCACCCUCGCUGAAAGCUGUCCAGAGGAUGGCUCAGGCUCACUUUGCCUCCUUAGACAUGAGAUCUGUGGACAAAGAGGACUCCUCAUCUGGGGAAGAAGAGGAGCAACACCACGAAGAAAAGCAGCGCGUCACUUCAUUUAGUUCAGAUCUAUCAGAGGAAAACAAUUCAAAGAGGGAUCAAGGUGAUCUGCUGGAUGGGUCAACAGUCAGCGUGGAUUCGAGCCGCCGCCGUGAGGACAAGCCGGAGGUCAAAGAGAAAGAGGAAAUGAAGAGAGAAUGA